AUGCUUAACAAGGAUGAUAGAUAUUGGAUGCAGCAGGCUCUACUUGCUGCACAUGAGGCCAAGGAUCUAGGGGAAGUUCCUGUUGGUGCCGUUGUGGUCCAUAAGUCUACUUUAAUUGCCCGUGCUUUUAAUCGUAAAGAGGCAGGGGAUCCUACAGCGCAUGCAGAGAUUCUUGCGUUACGGGAGGCUGCACAAUAUCUGAAAAAUUGGCGUUUGCGAGGUUGUAUACUCUAUGUAACACUUGAACCCUGUCUAAUGUGUGCUGGUGCUGUAAUACAGUCACGCGUAGAUCGUAUUGUUUAUGGUGCCACAGAUUUAAAAUUUGGUGCCGUAGAAUCAAUGUUAAAUAGUUUUGACUAUGCCUGGAAUCAUCAACCUCAAGUUACCGGUGGUAUUUGUCAGCAAGAAUCAGCUAGCCUAUUAACAUCUUUUUUUGCUAAUCGACGGAAAACAAAAGACAAUAAAAAGCACAAAUCAUGA